ACUUCGGCAACUUCCGCCGGUUCGGUCGGAAAUGGCCGAAGACGUGCGAGACCCAGCGGUUUAAGGGGAGAAGACCGGCCGGCUUCUCGGAACAAACCAACUGUGUCCGGCCCGGAGGGGGGGGAGCAGGGGAGGGCGGACGGAGCGGGAAGACAAGGCAGCGGCUAUGGCUCCCCCCCCAGCCCCUCGCGGCUCCGCCGGGAGGGCGAAGUGAGGGCGCCGAGAGGCUCCAGACAGAUGAGUAGGGAGCUGGCUACAGAAGAGGAACAGAUUCCAGUUUUCCAGCUGGUCACCCUGUACAGAGAAAACCCCUCGAGAUCAAAGCUGGGAGAAAGAAGACAAGUGGUGGAGGAGUCAAUGUGUGACAUGGAACAGGUCUGAGCCGAGGAGCUGAGGGACAGUGCUGGUCAGAGAGACUUGGCAGCAGAAACUGUCUAUCCAAGCCUGCAGAGAUAAAGCACAGCAGCCACUGACACUCCCUGACGUCCUUCUCCGUUUGUCGGGAGGGAGCCGACAGGACACAGGAAUGGCAGAGCGUCAUCCCCGCAGCAGCGAUGACAGAGACUGACGUUCCUACGAGUCUCUCCUGGCUCCUUCUCCGCAAUGGCUGGUGCAUAUUCAUGGGACGGUAAUGCAGGAUGUCGGGAGCAGCGGUAGAGUUUGGCUCCGUCCCACUGUGUUUUCCUUCUGCCAGCUGGGACUUUGGAUCGCCAUGACAACGCCGUGACACUCCUGGCAAAGGUUGCCCGCUGAAAGGGUGGGCUGGGGGUGGGUGAGAAGGUCAAUGACCGACUCCAACGGGAUCAAAAGUCGCGCCUGCAGCAAAACGACCGUGGAAGAGCCGUCGGCACGGCAAGAAGAUGAAAUUCCCCUUCCAUUGGCUUCUCGCUGAGCAGGCACAAUAACAGUUUUAUCCAGGAGACUCGCUAUACAAACUCUUUUGGUUAUGGCUACUGAUCCGACGUGAUUGGGCGCGCGGCGACUCUGGAACUCAUGACUGGAUAUACGAUGUUGCGGAAUGGGGGAGUGGGGAACGGAGGCCAGCCCUGGGUGUUGAGGUGGUCCAGUCGGAUCCGGCUCACCUGGCUCAGCUUCACCCUCUUCAUCAUCCUCGUCUUCUUCCCCCUCAUCGCCCACUACUACCUGACCACCAUCGACGACGCGGACGACGCCGGCAAGCGCAUCUUCGGGCCCCGGACCGGCAACGAGCUGUGCGAGGUGAAGCACGUGCAGGACCUGUGCCGCAUCCGCGAGUCGGUCAGCGAGGAGCUGCUCCAGCUGGAGGCCAAGCGGCAGGAGCUCAACAGCGAGAUCGCCAAGCUCAACCUCAAGAUCGAGGCCUGCAAGAAGAGCAUUGAAAAUGCCAAGCAGGACCUGCUGCAGCUGAAGAACGUCAUCAGCCAGACCGAGCACUCCUACAAGGAGCUGAUGGCGCAGAACCAGCCCAAGCUCUCCCUGCCCAUCCGGCUGCUGCCCGACAAGGACGAUGUGACCUUCCCCCUGCCAAAAUCCAACAGGAACUGCAGGCUGCACAACUGCUUCGACUACUCACGCUGCCCCUUGACAUCUGGCUUCCCAGUCUACGUCUACAACAGUGACGAUUACCCCUUUGGUAGCUCCUUGGACCCUUUAAUUAAACAAGCCUUUGAGGCGACCGUCAGAACUAAUGUUUAUGUUACUGAAAAUGCAAAUAUUGCUUGUGUGUACAUAGUUUUAGCGGGGGAGAUGCAAGAGCCCGUAAUGCCAAAACCUACUGAACUAGAGCAACAGUUGCACUCUUUGCCAUAUUGGAGGACUGAUGGACACAACCAUCUCAUCAUCAACUUGUCGAGGAAAUCGGAGACUCAGAACUUCCUCUACAACAUCAGCACGGGGCGCGCCAUGGUCGCCCAGUCCACCUUCUACGACGUGCAGUAUCGCCCGGGCUUCGACAUCGUGGUGUCGCCCCUGGUCCACGCCAUGUCCGAACCCAACUUCCUGGAAAUCCCGCCCCAGGUGCCGGUCAAGCGUAAAUACCUGUUCAGUUUCCAGGGGGAGAAGAUCGAGUCUCUGAGGUCCAGCCUGCAGGAGGUUCGCUCUUUCGAGGAGGAGAUCGAAGGCAACGCCCCGGCUGACUACGACGACCGGAUCAUCACCACCCUGAAGGCCGUCCAGGACAGCAAGCUGGACUUCGUUCUGGUGGAGUUCACGUGUAAGAACCAGCCCAAGGCGAGUCUGCCCACUGAGUGGGCUCUGUGUGGAGAAAGGGACGACAGACUAGAGCUACUGAAGCUUUCUACUUUUGCACUGAUCAUCACCCCCGGGGACACCCGUUUGGUGAUCUCCGCCGGGUGCACCAUGAGACUGUUUGAGGCUCUGGAAGUUGGAGCCAUCCCGGUGGUUCUCGGAGAGCAGGUCCAGCUUCCCUACAACGACGUGAUCCGGUGGAACGAGGCAGCCUUAAUCAUACCAAAGCCACGUAUCACAGAAGUGCACUUCCUUCUGAGAAGCAUUUCUGACAACGAUCUCCUUGCCAUGAGGAGGCAGGGCCGCUUCCUGUGGGAGACCUACUUCUCCACCUCGGACAACGUCUUCAGCACGGUCUUAGCCGUCAUAAGGACUCGAAUCCAAAUCCCGGCCGCUCCCAUCCGAGAAGAACCUGCCGUGGAGAUCCCCCACCGCUCUGGCAAAGCUGCUGGUACAGACCCCAACAUGGCCGACAACGGUGACCUGGACUUGGGGCCUGUGGAGACAGAACCCCCCUAUGCAUCCCCCAAAUAUCUCCGCAACUUCACCCUCACCGCGAUGGAUAUAUACAGGAAUUGGAACUCUGCUCCGGGGCCUUUCCACCUCUUCCCCUACACUCCCUUUGACCCUGUUUUACCCUCAGAAGCAAAGUUUCUGGGGUCCGGGACUGGGUUUCGGCCGAUCGGUGGAGGAGCGGGUGGCUCUGGGAAGGAGUUCCAGGCUGCUCUGGGUGGCAACGUGCCCCGGGAGCAGUUCACGGUGGUGAUGUUGACUUACGAGCGGGAGGAGGUGCUGAUGAACUCCCUGGAAAGGCUCAAUGGUCUCCCCUACUUAAAUAAGGUGGUGGUGGUGUGGAACUCUCCCAAGCUUCCCUCCGAGGAUCUCCUGUGGCCGGACAUCGGCGUCCCAAUCAUGGUUGUCCGUACGGAGAAGAACAGCCUGAACAACCGGUUCCUGCCCUGGGACGAGAUCGAGACCGAGGCCAUCCUGUCCAUCGACGACGACGCCCACCUGCGCCACGACGAGAUCAUGUUCGGCUUCCGGGUCUGGAGGGAGGCCCGGGAUCGGAUCGUGGGCUUCCCGGGGCGCUACCACGCGUGGGACAUCCCCCACCAGUCCUGGCUCUACAACUCCAACUACUCCUGCGAGCUCUCCAUGGUGCUCACUGGUGCUGCCUUCUUCCACAAGUACUAUGCCUACCUGUAUUCCUACGUGAUGCCCCAGGCCAUCCGGGACAUGGUGGACGAGUACAUCAACUGCGAGGACAUCGCCAUGAACUUCCUGGUCUCCCACCUCACCAGGAAACCUCCCAUCAAGGUGACCUCCCGCUGGACGUUCCGCUGCCCCGGGUGCCCCCAGGCCCUUUCCCACGACGAUUCCCACUUCCACGAGCGGCACAAGUGCAUCAACUUCUUCGUGCGGGUGUACGGGUACAUGCCCCUGCUCUACACCCAGUUCCGCGUCGACUCCGUGCUCUUCAAGACCCGCCUGCCCCACGACAAGACCAAGUGCUUCAAGUUCAUCUAAAGGGGAGCAGCCGGAGGUUCUCCAGCUCCCACCUCCGGCGGGAAGGGCGGAGAGGGGCUGGUGGCUGGGGCUGGGAGCGCAAAACGCCCUUCGCUGCGGAUUCCGGCCCCGCUUCCCGCCGGGAAUGCGGGACGGCCUGGGUUGGGACGGGCACGUCCCGCCCCUCCUUUCCCGCUCUCCCCGCAGCGACUCGACCGAGUGACGGGGAACGGGAUCCCUCGAUGGGGAACGGGAUCCCUCGGCUCCUGUGAGGACACUCCCUGGGAUUGUACACUGAGGAAUGGCCCGUUGGCCGCCGGCUCUGCCCCUUCCCUGGCCGAGGGCGGCCGUUCUUUUUAAUUAUAAUUAUUGUUAUUUAAAAUGAAAGUGUUUUAGAUUUGCCUCGUGAGGCGCUUUUUUUGUUUUCUUUUCUUCCCCACCCCCCCUGCUCCUCAUCCCCUUUUCCCCUCAGGACCCCUCGUCCCACUCGAGGGGGUCGUAGCAAGGCCAGGUUGGAGGUGUUUGAGUGCAGCAGCGAGGUCACCACUGUUGUCCCCGUCCCUUCAUCCCUUUCCAGCCCUUCCCGCUCACCACAUCCCAGCUCCUCUUUCCCUGUGGUUGCUCCUGAGGACUCCCAGGUGUUGGCUGGUGAUGAGCCCUGGGCUCUGCUCUUGGGAGGGCUGAGGUUGGCCUGGGUGACCCUUCCCAGCUCCAGGACCCGCCAUUCCCAUGCCACAGCCCUGGGAUGUUCAGUUGCUGUGCUCUUGUUCUCCAUGUCCUUUUCCACCCCGUCCUGCUAAUCCUCUAAAGACAGGGAGCGUGUUUGGGGCUUAGGGAAGAUCCCCCUGCAGCACAGGCUGGGCUGGCAGUGCCCCAGGCUGGUGGAGCCCUGAUCCUGAUCCGUGCUCAGCCCAGCCGGGAUGUGCCGGAGCCGCGGCUGCACCGUGGCCACAAUUCCCGCUCUGCCUCGUCCCUCAUUCCCUGUCCCAGAGCGAACCCUGCCCGUGCUGGGUUGGCCGUGGGCCUCAGCAUAACUGCCUUAACCCCAUCCCAUCCUCACCCCCUGGCUUUGGGCUGCAUCCCAGGGUGAAUCCCAGCAGGAGCUUCCCGUCCUGUGAACCAGGAGACGCCGCUGGGAUCGCGUUCAUGGACUGGUUUUGGAGCUGGUUUCCUGCCCCCCCCAGAGCAAAAUGCUGUGACACCUGUGACCACCCGACCUCCGAGCUCAGCUCCCUGCUCCAUCCUGCAUCCAUCCCAGCUGGCAGGAGGGAAGGACGCAGCAUUCCCCUCGUGUGAUGUUCUCCCUCGGCGCGUCCCAGAGGGCUACGAGCAGCCUGGAGAAGGUUUUUCUGGGUAGGGGGGAAGGUGACACUUGUGUGAUUCACCUCCAUGUCCCUGCUUUUCCUGGCUCAGGUUGCAGCUCGGGAUCCCAGCACCCAGCAGGAUGUCACCCCCUGGCUGUGUCCCUGGUGUGUCCCGGAACGGGAGCAGGGAUGGUCCGUCGCUCGGAAGGUGAGCCCUGUCCAUGCUCCUCCUGCACCACGUGGUGGGGAUUCCGUGCUCUCUCCAGACACCUCCCAGCCAGUUUUUCCUGUCAGCCCUGCGGAUGGGGGUCACCAAAAUUCCUCCUUGGGAAGGGGAGGGAAGGAGCAGCCUGUUCCCAGCAGAGCCCACAGCUCGUGCCUUCACCAGCACCGCCGAGCACAGCGAAAUCCAGAUCAAGGAAUCUUUUCCUCUCUCUGGCUUUUCUUUUCCUUUCCAUCCCCUUUUUGCUUUAACAUCAGAUGCUCCAAAGGGAGCACGGGAAGGUUCACAGUCUCUUUAAAAUUUCCAUGGGAGACUCCUGUGAGGCUCUGAAGCACCUGGAAGGACUUUCUGUGCUCUUGCUCGGAGUGGGAGUGUGGCACUUUGUCAGGAGCUGCUCCAGCCUCAGCAUCCCGAGGGGCCUGAGCUUUAAUUCCGCCCUCAUUAGGAGGUGCUUCAUUAGCUCAGGUCCAGCCCAGCCUUGGAGUCGGCUCUGCCUUCCCAGCCCUCCCUGCCAGGCGGGAGCACGGAAUGGUUGGGCGUGGAUUGCACUUUAUACAGACACAGACCCUGCUCAGCAACUGAUUUCCCAAAAUCUGAAGGGAAAUGUUGUCCUUCCUGUGCUGCAGGAGCCUGGGGAAGGCGGACAGGCUGGGAAAUGUUGGUAUUCCAUGAGCUUUGUCGGCACUGUCAGAGCCCCAGGAUGGGAAUUCCGCCUUCCCUCGGAGUGUUUCUGUUCAAAGCCAGUCGAGAUCAGGGAUCACUGGAGCAAAUCCAACUGUUCCUCCCCCCGGGCUCUUUGGCCUGUUGCCCCAGUGUUGUUUUGUUGGAAGGAUCCCCCGGUGCACUGUGGCUGAGCAGGGUUGGGAUGUGUGUGGAUGGGAUCACUGUGGAUAUCGUGGGAUGGGUCCCAACUUCCUGAGCCCCCCGAAGGGGAAGGAUUUGGGGGUGAAGGGAUGAAGUGGCUGCUCCAGGGGGGGACAUCCCAGGGAGGGAUGGAAUUCUGUGAGGAAAAUAAAUGCCAGCAAGAACAUCUGCUGGUGCUGUCCCUCCCAUCCUGCUGCUGUUUCCCUCUUUCCCAAAUAACCACCAACCCCCCCCGGAGCACAGACUUGGGAUUCACAGCUCCUGAGACAUCCCAGGAUCUGAGCUGUCCCUGGACUUUUCCUCCACCACCAGGGAGCAGAGGGGCUUUCCUGGAGCGGUGCCACCAUCCCGAACAUCCUCCCUUGCUACCCCCCAUCGUUCUCCCGGCACUUCCAGGGGGUCCCAGGCUCACUGCAAAGCUCAGGUUUGGUUGUAGGAUCCAUCCCAGCUCCCGGAGCCACUCUGGCCCCGAGGAGAUGGGAAGGGCUCUCGGCGGCCGCACCUUUCCCAAGGGAAAGGCCUUUUUUCCCCUUCCCAGAGUUUUCCUGCUGCUUCCCCCGGGCGUGGAGCGAGGCCUUUCCCGCUGUAAAUAGGAUCGUCCCACGGCCCUGCCCCCCCCCCGUGCCGCGGUUGUUGCUGCAGCUCCGCGAGCGCCAGGAUUUAAAAAUCCAACGAAAACGGAGGGACGAGAAACACUCCUUCGACACGAGCACAAAUGUUGAGGUUUUUGUAAAAGGAUCCAAUAAAAUGGAGAGUUUA